AUGUUCAACUCUUCAGUCUCACCGGACUCGUCGGCAUUGACGUUUCAGACGACAGCAUCCGAUGCUCAGACAUACCACACACAGGACAGCUUGGACUUUUCCAGCUCCCCGAUACCGAGAACGCCUUCUGUUGUUGUUCCAUCACUUAUCCGCCGGCCGAAAACUCAGCCUAGGACACAGAGGACCGCAAAUCUCAUCCUCCACAACCUGAAGUCCUACCCACUGAUGAUCCAGCACCACAAUGACCUUCCACCCUUUAUCCACAAGAGCCUCAUCUCUUCGAAUUUCGAGGACGCCGACAUGGAGUCAUUGACCAACUGUCUCAGUCUGGUUCACAUGCUCAACGGCGGAGGCCAGGCGGGCCGGAAACUGUUCUGGAAAAAUGUGCAGAUGGAAUGUGAACGCCUGUCUGCAGAGCAUCUAAAUCUCAGCAAGUGGGAGCUACUUUCAGCUAUACAGGCCCUGACCAUGCUAGGUGUGGUCUACCGCGUACUAAACAUGCUCAUCUACUUUGACCCGGCGGCCAUGUGCUAUCUACCAGACGACCUCGUCCUGGCGCCCCUGCCGGCCAGGAGGCAGCUGUGGGAGGCCGGCGACGAGUCCGCGUGGAGAGGCAAGAGACACAAGGGGCCACCCGGCGCCCAGGUGUCGUUUGGGCUGGCCGCAGGCGGUGAGGUCGUCAGGCUGGACGAGGGCCGGCUCUCCUGUGGUGAUGCUUGUGUGUCCCCUCGCCGGGCGUCGGAUGCUGCUGGACCUGAUCCGUCGCCGGGAUGGGAGGAGUGGUGCUCGGGCAUGGAUGGCUUCGGCGGGCUUGUCAUGCUUGCUGCUUCUUUGUUAGGGUAA